AACCCGUCACUGAACUUGUCUUUCUACCUCCUUUGUUAACGUGAGAGGGGAUGGGGAUUUGAUCGCGACAGGAGAACCUACUUCGUUCCUGAAAGAAAGUCAUGAUUUGAAAACUUUCAUUGUGAUUUUCAUUUGCGUUUCACUCGCACCGAAACACAGUUGACAUAUUCGCUGUCAUUCGAUCUGUGUUAGGACUAGUGGACGAACUAACUGUGUUUAGUUUGCAUCCUGUUCGUUAAUUAAUUCCUAUUUUCGAAAUUUGUAUUCAUCAAAUCUCACUUGUAAACAGCAUGUUGUGUCUCCAUCAGUAGCUGAGCAUGAAGCUCUCCUUACAGGCCUUUUAGUCUGGAGCUAAAAGCAUCGUCAUUACACUGUCAGCUUACUUACCAGACGCAUCUUGACAUCAGCAAGUUACAAUUUAUCAAUUUCGCAGCACUUGAUGGUCCACUUACCGAUCAAGCAAGUUUGGCAUCUAUUUUCUCUCAAACAUUCCGCGUGAUCGCGGUUUAUUCUCCCCACUACUUUGGAGAUUCGUUAAGCUGGAUUAAUGCAUCAUGUCUAACCGGGAUUUCUCCAUUAAAGUCGAACAGUCGCACCCAGAUUUGAGUGAUUUUCGUGAUCUUCCCGAUUUCUGUGAAUUUCGGAACGGAGACCUGAGUAACCAGCGGAAUGCAGGUACGGGAGGAGGAGAAGGGCGAUGCGGCAGUGAUGGUGUGACCAUCGCUAUGAGCAAUGGUAUUACUCGUACCAACAACAUCCCACUCAAUGGGAACGCUACCUUUGGAUUUGGGAGUGCAGGAGGAGGGCUAGAUGAAAUUGGUCUUGAUGGCCAUGAUGGUGGUGGUGGUGGUGGUAGAGGAAGUGGAGGAGGAGGAGGAGGUGGUGGUGGUGGCGGCGGCGGCGGCGGCGGUGGUGAUGGCGACGGCGAUGGAGGCGGACGAAGAGGUAGAGAACGUAGAGAUCGUAAGAAACGAUCAAGUAAGGACACUGUCUCCACUGGCGAAGAUCGUCCUCAACCUCUCGGUCCAGGGCAACUGAAGAUGAAGAUCGACCGACCGGUGUACACCAACCUGGAAUUCAACCACAAGUUUACACCUCAUCAAGAAGUCAAGACAGCCAGGCAACGGAUCGAGAAAAAGAUGAAGCAGUUCAAUUGUGGAAACGCAGUUAAAUCGGCCGCACAAUCGGUGCUUCCUGUGUGCAAGUGGAUACCUGCUUACAAAUUCAGGGAGUAUCUGUCAUCUGAUUUGAUCGCUGGGAUUACCAUGGGCAUCGUCAAUAUUCCUCAAGGUCUUGCCUAUUCCAUCCUUGCCGGACUACCUGCUGUUUACGGUCUCUACACUACGUUCUUUCCUGUUCUUAUCUACUUCUUCAUGGGUACAUCCAAACAUCUCUCUAUGGGUACCUUUGCUGUGGUGAGUCUGAUGUGCCGUGAAACCGUUGGCCGAGUCCUGAUGGAGCGUUUUCCCUCCGCCUCUGCGCUGGAGAUGGGUCCGCCUCUCGACCUGGAGACGGGUCCGCCUGGAGACAAUUUUCAACUCAACGGGACGCAUUCGGGCGACGGCCACAAUCAUGGCGGCACCGACAUCGAAGAGGAGAGGGUGAAGAUACACGUCGCUCUCUGUCUCAUCGUCGGUAUCCUACAGGUUCUGAUGGGUAUUUGUCGAUGUGGCUUUGUGACUGUAUACCUCUCUGAGGCCUUGGUACGUGCCUUCACUACAGGAGCAGCCUUCCAUGUACUGACCAGUCAAGUUCCAUCGGCUCUAGGUAUCAAUGUCCCUGGAAGAUCGCUUGAUGACAAGACCCCGGAAAUCGUAUUUGUAUGGAAACAUCUCUUGACUCAUCUGGGCGACAGCAACACAGCAACAAUCAUCAUCUUCAUGAUAUCAUUCGGUGUGAUCUUCCUGACCAAGGAGAUCAUUGAAAAGUUUAAGCACAGGAUCAAGUUCAACGUCCCCAUCGAGCUCAUCGUGGUCGCCAUCUCCAUCAUUGUAUCCAAAUUCGCCUUCAUGCACAGUCGCUAUGGUGUGGACACUAUCUUCGAGAUCAAAACAGGUUUCCCUGCCCCACGUAUCCCAAGCAUGUUCGGCACUCUCUUCGGUUCGCUGAUUGGUGACAGUUUCGCCAUCGCCAUCGUCGCCUUUGCCCUGUCCGUGUCACUCUCGAAGACCUUCGCUACCAGGAACAACUACGAAAUCGAUGCAAACCAGGAAAUGUUGUCAUAUGGAGUCUCGAACAUUGUCUCAUCGUUCUUCCAUUGUUUUGUCUGCUGUGGAGCUCUUGCUCGUACAUCUAUACAAGAAGCUGUCGGAGGAAAGACGCAGAUCGUCACCCUGGUUUCAUCUACUAUGGUCAUGUUGGUAUUGCUCUUCAUGGCUCCAUGGUUCGAACCUCUUCCUAAGUCUGUGCUGGCAGCCAUCAUCUGUGCUGGUCUAAAAGGCAUGUUCCUUCAGUUCAGGGAUCUGCAUUUCUUGUUCCGAUAUUCCAAAUACGAUUUCAUCAUCUGGGUUUCUACCUGGGCCGCUGUGGUCUUCAUCGGAGUCGAUCUCGGUCUCGGAGUCGGCGUCAUCGUCGCCCUCUUCGUCACCGUGGUCAGAACACAAACACCACACUUCUCCACCAGGGGUAACGUCAACGGAACCGAACUCUACAAGAACAUCAAGCGAUACCCAAAUGCCAAAGAGUACGACCAAGUCAAGAUCGUCCAGAUGCAGGGCUCAUUGUACUUUGCCAAUGCCGAGAUGUUCCGCAACCAUGUCUACGAUGCCGUGGACAUCAACCCGGUUAAGGUGCUGGUCAAGAUCCAGAAAGCACAGGCCAAAGACAAGAAGAUCCAGAAGAAGACGGAAAACGAAGACGUACCCAUUGACAUCAUUGAACUGACCGGUGCAAACGAGGAGCAAGUCCGAGAACACAACUUGAAGAUCAGAGCCAUCAUCAUCGACUGCGGUCACUUCGGCUUCGUUGACUCGAUGGGAGCUAAGACGAUGGCCGCCUUAGUCAAAGACUUCAAAGCUGUUGGCGUGUGUGUUGUGCUAAGUGGCUGCUCAGAUCACGUGAUGCAAUCUUUGUCCUGCCUAAGUACGAUCAAGAAAGAACUAUUCUAUAUGACCGUUCACGAUGCCUGGCUAUCACUUCAGAACAUCCGACUACAGGUGGAGACCAUCAUGAAUGGUGAACCUAUCAAGAAGCGUCCGUCAAGGUGGAAGAGGUUCAGAACAAGGGAGGCGACCAUCUAAGGAGGGGGAACCGUAGAGUAGGUGAAGAGAAGAGAAGGAUAAGGGGUAUAUAGAGAGAGGGCAGAAGAUCUAUUGGGAUUCCGAACAAGGGAAGUAACCAUCUCACUUUGGCAAGAUAUUCACCUAUACUGUUGCUACUCUUCACCCGGCUGUUAAAAUGGGUACCCGGUAGGAUGCGACCGACAUUGUUGGUUAAACAGUUUGUGAGCGUCAAGUAACGCCUGGCUGGAAUGCUCCCCAGGGAGUGGAGAAGUUGUGUACACACACUGUGUUCGGACAAACACUGAACCCAACGACCAGGGUAAUAGUAAAUCUGUAAAGCGCUUAGAAACGUCCGAGAUGUAUUAAGCGCUAUAUAAAAGCUGAAUAUUAUAUUAUUAUUAACUAAGGAGAGAGCGAAAGUGGGGUGGGGAAGAAGGGACUGGGGGUAAAGGAACGGUUAUUUGGAUGAUCUGAAAUGAAAUACGGAUGAAAAGGAAAAGAAACAAGGGGAACAUUUUAAAUUAUGAUCGGCCGGUAGAAGAAAAGCUUGUGCAAUAAGAAGAUAAUUUGGAGAAGAGUUCAACACUAUGAGAAC